UUCUUUUUUUCUUCUUUCUUUAUAACAAAGAUGAAAUUUGGUUCACAGCUUAAGGACGCCAUUUAUCCAGAAUGGACAGAAUAUUAUGUUGAUUAUGAUGGAUUAAAGAAAAGGUUAAGAAAGGCAGAAAAGGAUAAACCGUUCACUGAAAAGGAUGAAACGGAAUUCGUUGAACUACUAGACAGUAACCUCGAAAAAGUUUAUGCUUUCCAUCAAGAGAAAAUGGAAGAAAUCAGAAAGAGAAUUGAUGAAUGGGAUGAAAAGAUCAAUACACAGAUACCAAGCGAAGACAAUAUCAGUGAAAUGACGCAUAUACAAGAAAACAUCAAUUGGAUCGCAGAUGACAUCAAUCGUCUUUCACGCUUUUCCAGAUUAAACUACACUGGCUUUUUAAAAAUAGUUAAAAAACAUGACCGUCAUACAGACUAUGUUCUUCGUCCUAUGUUUAUGGUCAGAUUAAACCAAUGUCCUUUCUGGAACGAAGAUAAUGAUUCACUCUUAAUCAAGCUAUCUCAAUUAUUUUCGAAAGUUAGACAAGGAGGUAUGACUAUGUCCUUCAAACCUUCAAGCUUUUCUCCAUUUGAACUAGAAGAACAGUCUGAAAACAACCGUCGUUUAAUCGUCAAGCGUUACUUUGUUCAAACCGAAAACGUAUUGGAGCUAAAGACAUAUGUACUUCGUCAUCUGCCUGUCUUGGUUUAUCGUGACAACUUUAGAAAUCAAGAUGAUAUUGAUCCACCCAUCUCUUCAGUUUAUUUAGACGAUGCUGAACUGGAUUCUUAUAAUUCACGCGUUGAAGGUGCCGAAGGAUCUCAGAUCAUUCGUCUUCGAUGGUACGGAAGCGCCAAAGGAAACAGCUCUAUUGCAUUCGAACGUAGAACACUCAGCGAAGAAAGCCGUGGAGAACUCAAAGAUCGCUUCACGAUCAAAGAUAAAUACGUCACUGGGUUCAUUCAUGGUGAUCAGACCUUUUUAGAAAAGUCUGUGCGCAAGAUGAAGAACAGUGGCAAAUCCCAGGAAGAGAUUGAAAAAUAUGAAAGGCUCGUACGCGAAGUUCAAGAAAAUAUCAUGGCUAAGAAGAUGCAGCCCGUCUUGCGUACAUACUAUCGUCGAACCGCUUUCCAAAUCCCUGGUGACCGAAGUGUCAGAAUGGCCCUUGAUACCGAUCUCUGUUUUAUCAGAGAAGAUUCUCUAUUAUUCCCUGACGAUCCUGUCGUUCGUCGUCCAGAUGGUACAUGGCGCCGGCCCGACGUUGAUAUUGAUUUCCCAUUUGCUAAUCUCAAGAACGAACAGGAGAUCAACCGAUAUCCAUUUGCUACUUUUGAAAUUAAACUUGAAUUGGCUCCCAAUGAAAAGGAGCCUGAGUGGAUUGUUGAUCUAGAAGAAAAUGGUAUCCUAGAAGAGGCCAAUGACUUUUCCAAAUUCGUUCACGGUGUCGCUGUCAUGUUUGAUACACGUGUUCCUCUCUUGCCUUAUUGGCUUGCUCAAAUGGAUGACAACUUGGAAAAGCUGCCUAUCUUGCCUUCAUCCACACCUUCUGUUAGACCUCAUAAGUCCAAAGGAAAGCCAUCUCAGGAGUUCGAAUCACUCGAAUCACCUUCAACAUCAUCUUCCGCCGCUGUUGUUUCUAAUGAGAGAUCAUCUUUAUUAGGUGACAGCAAACAAUCUCCUACGUCCUACAUGGGUAUCAACCAUCCAGCCCUUUCUCCUGUUCCUGAGGACGAAAGUGAACGUCAGGAUCACGUUGCCUCAAGGAUGCUCGAUAAAUUCGUAGCCUCGUUCAACAGGUUCUUGAAUAAUCAUAGUCAACCUCAACAGAAACAGGAUCAACCUCCUGUUAUCCUACCUCCUGGUGUCAAGAUCCCCAAAAAGGUCAUCACUCCGUUACGCGUAGAACCCAAGGUAUUUUUUGCGAAUGAACGUACUUACUUUGCAUGGAUGUCCUUUGGAACACUGCUAUCUACAUUUUCACUAGCUUUGUUCAAUGCAGGUGAUGCUGUAGGCAAAUUAAGUGGCCUUGUCUACACUCUUGUAUCUAUAUCCACCUUGAUCUACGGUAUGGGUUUAUAUUACCGUCGCCGUGAACUGAUCCGUAAUCGUUCUGCUGGUCCUUACGAUGAAUUGAUGGGCCCUACCCUGAUUUGUUUUGCUCUUAUGUUUGCUGUUGGCUUAAAUGCUUAUCUCAAGUUUGCAGUCAAAUCACCAUCAUUAUUUUACCUUUAACAUCCUUGUUUAAAAUUUCAUCGUUACCUUCUUAUCAUUAUUUACUGCUACAAAAAUAAAUGUAUCAUUU